GGAAGACCUCAAGAAGACGCAUUCACUUUCCAGAUGCAGAGGAAAGGGGCUGGGCAUCUUUCAGUCAUGAGUAAGAGGAAGUCUUGUGUCCACAAUGUUGUAAAACCUUCUAAGACUCCUAGGACAGAUGGCAAAACACAUGUUCUGGAUGAUGAGGAGGAUAAAGUCCAGCAAGAUCAGUCACUCUCUGCUUCCAGUGUGGGAGACAUCGGCGUGAUAGAAAGUAUCACUUUGAGGAACUUUAUGAGCCACCAUUUGCUCGGACCUUUCGAAUUUGGACCAAACGUAAACUUCAUUGUUGGGAACAAUGGAACUGGGAAAAGUGCCAUUCUCACAGCUCUUAUAGUGGGUCUUGGUGGAAAAGCAACUAUAACCAACAGAGGAACAUCUCUGAAGGGCUUUGUCAAAUAUAAAGAGAGUUUUGCAGACAUUAAAGUGAUAUUAAAAAACAGAGGGAACGACUCCUAUAAAGGUGACAUUUAUGGAGACAGCAUCUGCAUUGAGCAUCGGAUCACAAGCGACGGUUGCAGGACUUGUAAAAUCAAGAAUAAAACUGGUCAUGUCGUUUCCACAAAGAAGGAAGAGUUAACUGCUAUACUAGACCAUUUCGGCAUCCAGGUUGACAAUCCUGUUUCAGUGCUGAAUCAAGAAAUGAGCAAACAAUUCCUGCAUUCAAAAAGUGAAGCAGACAAGUACAAGUUUUUCAUGAAAGCAACUCUUCUGGAGCAAAUGAAGAAAGACUACAUUCACAUCAAGCAGACUAAAGCCUUGACUCGCGAACAGGUGGAAAGACAAGAGGAGUGUCUUAAAGAUCUCAGGCAGUUGUUUUUGCAAAAGAAAGAAAGAUAUGAGCGCUUGUCAUCGCUUGACAAUAUGAGACAGACUCUGGAGGACUUGAAAAAGAAGAUGGCAUGGUGUUUGGUGAGAGAGAAGGAGAGGCUUGUUGAACAACUGAUGGAACAAAUUGAAAAAGAAGAGUCUAAUCAUAAACAUGAAGAAAAGCUGCAGCUCUGUCAGAGCAAAGUUACCACUGCUGAAAAGAGACUGCAGGACAUUCAGAAGAAGGUUUGCAUGCUUCGAGAAGAGCAGGAGCGUCUGGCCGAGGAGAGCUGUAAGAUGAAGGACGAGAUUAAAGUCAAAACGAAAGCAAAGAAAAAUCAGGAGGUGGUUUACUUCCGCGCUGAGAAUAAGUUGAAGAACUUAGAAAAGGAGCAAUGCCUUCUUCAGGACCGAGUUCACAAAAUAAGUCAUGGCAGUGGCAGAAGAAGCCAUGAGUCUGAGCAAGCACAGCAUCAAGAAAAAAUAUCUGCCUUCAAAAAGCAGCUGGAAAAGCUUGAGGACGAGUCCAGCGCUCUGAAUCAAGAGAUCAAGGACAAACAACAAGCUCUGCUUAAAGGAAGAGAGGAAUAUGAUAAACUGAGCAUGGAGGAAAAGAGCAUCCAGGUCUCUCUGGAGUCCAGACUGAAGAGAAAGAAGCAGCUAAUGGCCAGCAGAUCCAACAGACUGAGACGCUUCGGCGAUCACAUGCCAGAAUUGAUGGAGUCCAUCAACAAAGCCUUCGCUCAGGGCCGAUUCAUCAAGAAACCUGUGGGACCUAUAGGUGCAUGCAUCAGCCUAAAGGAUCCCAGUUUAGCCGUGGCUGUGGAGAGUUGCGUACGAGGUUUAAUUAAAAGCUUUUGCUGUGAUAAUUACAGGGACGAAAAAGUCCUGCAAGGACUGAUGUCCUUAUACUUCCCCAGAGGCGGCAGGCCUCAGAUAAUCGUGUGUCCAUUCACUUACAGAGUUUAUAACCUGCAAGGCCGUGGAGUCCAGCAUCCUGAGUUUCCAUCUGUGCUGGAAUGCAUCAAUGUCGAGAACCCAGUGAUGACAAACUGUCUGAUUGACAUGAGGGGCAUUGAGAGCAUUCUGAUUAUCAAAGAGAACGCUCGUGCGAGGAAGGUCAUGCAGGGGUCGCGACCCCCAAAGAAUUGUCGUGAGGCCUUCACUGGAGAUGGUGAUCAGGUCUACACCAAUCGCUAUUACACAGCUGAACAUGAAGUACUGGCCCAGUAUCUUGGUGGAGACCCAGAGGCAGAAAUACGUCUAGUGGACUCCGAGCUGGAGAACAAUCGGGCUCAGCUUUCACGGUUCCAGCUUCACUUGGGCUCUGUGAAGAAAGACAUUCAGUUCAUGGAGGAGAAGCUGCGGAGUGUCAUCAUGGCCUGCAAAAAGAAUCAGGAAAGUAUAAACAAGGUUAAAGCUUCCAUAACCGAACUUAAGAACAUUGAAGAGGCGCAUGCUGAAGACGUCAGCUCUCUGGAAGAAGAAGCAGAAGAAAAUGAACAGAAGAUGGAAUCGGAGAGGAGAAAUGUGAAGGAGGCCCAGGAUGAGUUAAAGAAACAUGAGACGGCGCUUAUGAAUAUUAAUCAGAAAUAUAAUGAUGUGAAAACUAAAGUGGAGCAGCUCUCAGAUGAGAAGGAACAACUGAAGGAGGAGCAAGUUAAGGCAGAGGCUGAGUGCAGUAAACUUGAUCAAACCUUGAAGAUCUUAGAGAAGAAACUUGAGGAUCAUCAGGCUACUGUUCAGGCCAUGAAAGAAGAUCUGUCACUCAGAGAGGAAGAAACACAGGAUUGGGAAGCCAAAGCCAGAGCCAUCUGUCCUGUGCGACAGCAGGUAUAUCAGAGUGCCAGAGGCAUUGAUGCUGAAAUCACACGCCUGCGACAAAAAAUCAGUACAGAAGAGAGCAGCCACGGAGACAAGGAACGAGUUAUCAGAGAGUACGCAGAGGCUCACAGUAAUUACAAAAGCAAGUCCGGCCAGCUGAGGGAUCUCAGGAAGUUUAUUGAUCGUCUGGACCUCAUCAUGACUGACCGUCAGGACCGAUGCAAAAUAAUGUGACGGUCACUUUCUCUGCGGUGCAAGCUGUACUUCAACGACUUCAUGAUGAAGCUGAACUGCUGUGGCUCGAUGAUGUUCGAUCACAGCAAUGAAACUCUGUCCAUUUCUGUGAAACCCCCCGGUCAGGAAAAAAACAACGUUAAUGACAU